AUGGGAGAUGUAUCAGCAGGAUCUUCUUUUGAGAUCCUCACGGUCGAUGUUAUCGGUCCUGAGAAAGAGAUACUCAUCAACCAACUCAACUCUUUAAAUACGGUGCUGACAGUCAUCCAGACCACCUACAAGAUCAUAUUCUCUGAUCCAGAUAGCGAUACCAAGAUGAUGAGUGGUACUUCAGACAGCGACGACGAUCUUGGUGACGACGCAUCAGACGAUGGACAAGAAGAAGCAGACCUCGAAGUACCAGAAGCAUUAUGUAAUUUGUAUUUGUUGGAUUCAAAACAAAGGCAAUCACUAGAAGAUUUGAAAAAGAUUGUACAAAACUUAACCUUUAAUCAACAACAAGUACAAAAUCAAAAUCAAGCAACUCAAGAUUUAGCUUUGAUGUCAUCAAUUAUAGUUGGUUUAAAUACACCAUCAACAAGAGGUGGUGCAGGUGAAGUUAGUUAUAUUAAAGAUUUAAGAUUAAUAGUACAGAAUAAAUGUCCUUUUGUCGAAUGGAAAGGACCAGAAAGUGCAAACGAAGUAUUUCAAAUUGUAUCAGAAGCCGUAUCAAAAAUUAAAAAACAAAUAGCAUUGACUGAUGCAUGUACAACUGGUGAUGUAAAUGCUUUAGAUUUGGUUAUUCUUUCAAAAGUUUCAAAUGAACAAUUAUCAGAAGCACAUAAAGCAGGACAUGCAAUUGUAUUCGAUUCAUUAUUGGCACACAAUAGUAAUGCAUUGGUGGUGACUGGUACGAUGGCACUUUUGAGUGCGGUAGUAGAGACUGAAAAGAAGCGAGAGAAGCGACUCUGUUUGGCAAAGAGCAAUUUGAUUCGAUUCCCCAUGUCGGUCAUACACAUGUGUCAAGGUUUGAUUGAGCUCGAUCUCUCGGACAACAAGAUCCAAGAACUGCCACGUGAGAUCAAUGAAGGUGUCGGCAAGACCAGUCUCUUGCAAGCACUCACCGGCAGCAAAAAGAAGCGUGGCGACUUGCAGGUGACCGGUGACACCAUCUCGACCGAAGGUGUCAAGAUCCAAAUGUUCAAGGGCAAAAAGGUCGAUUUCUCGGCCUGGGACUUUGGAGGUCAACAGGUGUUUUACCCAACACAUCAGUUCUUUUUAACGGCACGUGCGUUGUAUUUGGUGACGUUUAAGCUGACCGAUUCGAAUUGGGCCGAGCGUGUCGAGUAUUGGAUCCGUCAGAUCAAGUCGAUUUGCGAGGCUGGUAUGAAGCCCGCCCUCUUUUUCGUCGGCACACAUGUCGAUGUGUGCACACCCGAGCAACUCACCGAAUGCGAGGGUAUCAUUAAAAAGUCGUUCCUCGUGCACACACGUGCCAAGGAACCCGUCUGCUUUGUGUCAACGACCACUGGCAAGGGCAUCAAGGACCUGAAAAAGAAGUUGACGACCGAAGCCGAGAAAAGCGGCCUCAUUAAAAAGGAUAUCCCGGGCACAUACAUCUUGCUCGAGCAUCGUCUCACCAAACGUGGUGCCAACCCCGGCAAGAUGGUCAGUCAGUCCAAUCUGGGCAGCACGGCCAACUUUGGCGCCGCCCCCAUCAAGGACCGUUACAUAGACUACCCCGAAUACGAGAAUGAAGCACAUCCCGAAGGCGAGAUCCAGUCCAUCAUUGAAAAAGAGUGGCGUCCCAACUACGAGCUGGUCGAGCAGCGUGUACCUGUACACUUUUUCGGCUGCGACUACAACUUUGAGUUUAUGCCACUCGGUUUCUUUUCGCGUCUUCUCUUGCGUAUCAUCCAUUUGUCGGGUAUCAAGAUCUUGACGUACUGGAGAAACGGUGUGUUGCUCGAGAUUACAAGCAGCGGCACCAGCAAGCAAUUGGCACAGGUCACAUUCAAGAAGCGUCGUAAUUUCGAGUCACGUGCCGACGCAUACAAGCUCACCAUUGAAGUGCGUUCGUUUACGGGUGCCAACAAUGACCAUGACAUGGCUGCUGCACAUUUCCUCAAGCAGCUCAUCUUUACCGUCGAUUCGUUGCUCGACAACUUUUACCUCAACCUUCCCAAUACCCAGCGUGUCAUUCCUUGCAACCAUUGUAUCUGUCGUGACCCACGUACCGAGCCAUUCUACUUUGAGUUUGCCGCUUGUAUCAAGGCCAUCCAAGAGAGCACACCCUUUUUGUACUGUCGUAACGAUCCCAACAUUCCAGUACGUGUCGACUAUGUCGCACCGGAUCUCGUCGCCAACAAGGUACCCAUCUUCAAGGACGACGAUAUUGUCUUUGAGAAGCAGAUUGGUAAGGGUGCCUUUGGUGUCGUUCACAAGGGUCGUUUCAAGGCCAACAACAGCACAGUGGCAGUCAAGGUGCUCAAUCAGGACAGCACAGAGGCCGACGAGCAAUUGAUCGAAAAGUUCCAAGAGUUCCAACGUGAAGUAUUCAUCAUGUCUAGUCUCAACCAUCCCAAUCUCGUCAAGCUCCACGGUCUCAUGUUUGCCCCACCUCGUAUGGUCAUGGAGUACGUGGCAAUGGGUGAUCUCUACAGGCGUCUGCGUAGUCCCGAGCCCAUGUCUUGGAAUUUCCGUACACGUAUGAUGCUCGAUGUUGCCAAGGGUCUCCAAUACAUGCAAUCGUUGCAACCACCCAUUGUACAUCGUGAUCUUCGUUCGCCAAACAUCUUUAUCUGCUCGUUGCAAGAGGAUGCACCUGUUGUUGCCAAGAUUGCUGAUUUUGGUCUCUCUCAACAGUCUGUUCCAUCGGUCUCUGGUCUCCUCAAGUCGAUCCAUUGGAUGGCGCCCGAGACUAUUGGUGCCGAACAGGAAACCUACACGGAAAAGGCCGAUACAUACUCGUUUGCUAUGAUUCUCUACGAGAUUAUCACGGGCAAGGUGCCAUUUGAAGAGUAUACACUCAAGGAACGUCAGUUUAUCACUGCCAUUCGUGAGCAGAACCUCAGACCUACAUUGCCAGCCGACAUUCCACCCAAAUUGCGAAACAUCAUAGAGAUGUGUUGGAAUGGUGACGCAAAGAAGCGUCCACAUCUCAGUAUUGUCGUACGUGAGAUUGAAGAGUUGCGUGCGGGUAUUACUACUGCAUCGACUACUGUAUCGGUAUCGAGCAACUUGUCGUCGACGAGUACGUCGGCCAGCGCCAGCGAGGUGUCUUUGUCGUCAGUCUCUGUGACACCCAAUGGCAACGGCAUCCAUUACAACGCCGAUCAACAGUCUGCUGCAUCGACGUCGACCACCACGACCACCUCUACUACCACGACAUCGACCGCACCGGCUCAGCCAUCGGGCAGUUUCAGCACGUUGAACCAGUCGGCGUCAUCGUCACCUCCAUCAUCGCCGUCUUCACCAUCAUCCAAGAUUGUCGAAGCUCCGCUCACAUCCGGUCUCGCAAACGACCCCAACUACCGCUCGAUCAACUCGAAUAACAAUCUCAGCUUUACCAUGCCCGUUGGACCAAACCCAGUCAAUCAUAUGAAUACUGUAUCACUACAUCGCAAGUUUGAAGUGAUUGCCGCAUGUGAGGCUGGCGAGUACGUGUGGACCAAGACAGCCGACAAUCACAUGGUAUUCUGGGCAAGCAAGAAGGGAUCGAUGUACCGCGACCUCCCAUGCAAGCACAACAAUGCCACGGUCGCCAUGAUCAAGGCCAGUCAACAUAUCUGGGAGAUCACCGCCAAGACCAUCUAUGUAUGGGAUAUUGGCACGAUGGAGAUUGUGCGUGAGAUCAACUCGCCACACCCCGGUGCUCUGACCGCCAUUCACUACACGGGACUCGGCAACGACCGCGCUGGCGUCUAUACGGGCGACUCGACCGGCAAGGUCUUCCACUGGGACGUCAAGACACUCGAGCCCAAAGACAGCUUUAGCAUCGAGCAUGGUGUAGUAGCCAUGUCCUACUCGUCCAAGUAUAACCUCUUAUUUAUUGCCACCAAGCCACAACUAUAUUUAUGUAAACUAAAAAAUCUUCAAGUCCAGGCCAAUCCAGCUUGGAAACACUCGACCGGCUCCAUCACCUCGCUUUUGGCGCUUGCCGACGAGGUAUGGACCGGUGCAUCCGACGGCAGAAUCUUUAUCUGGAAGAUCAAAAACGAAAACGAAAUCUCCCAGCGUGAAAAGUUUGAUGCCCACAAGGACGCCGUUACCUCGCUCGUCUAUCUUGACGACUCGGUCCUCUCCUCGUCGUUGGACAAGACUUUGACGCUGUACAAGCAAAACAAUCACAAAAAUAAUUACACUCCCGCCGAUCAUCGUCAACAGGGUAUCAAGUUGGUCGUAAGGGUCGACCAAAGUAUUGUUUGGACCGUUUGUACUGAUAAUAUUUCACCUCUAAUGCUUUGGACUAUACCAAAGGUAUGGGAAAAGAAAACAAAAAGUGGUUCUGGUGAAAGAAAAAAUUAUUUAAUUCGAUAA